GAUUUUCACCACAUUUUUUAAUGUUCGGUUGGCAUCCUCGCCUGUCUGUUGACGCUUUCCUCGGAACAGACCCUUGUGAACAAGGGGCGGCAGACCAUACCUCGUACGUCAGUAAGCUAAGAGAAAGGAUGAAAUAUGCCUACAAGGUUGCUGGUACAGAGGCUGCUAAAGUUUCUGCUCGCAAUAAGAAUCGCUAUGACAGGUCAGUCCGUGAGACAAAACUAGAAAUAGGGGACCGUGUCCUAGUAAGGAAGGUCGGUCUGAAGGGGAAGAACAAGUUGGCGGAUAAGUGGGAACAGGAACCCUAUCUGGUUAUUAAUAUACCCAAUAGUGAUAUUCCUGUAUAUGAAGUGCAACAGGAAAUGGGAAAGGGACGUAAACGGACCUUACACCGGAAUAUGUUGAUAUACUUCAAUUCUAUACCCCUAGAAGUUCCCACUAUGGAGCCUCGCUGUAAAGUGAAGUCAUCCAAGCCAAUCCCUUCUGCUCACGGUGAUCAUUCAUCAGGGUCAGAGGACUCCUCAGAGUCCGAUACUGAUGAUGAGCCUGUAAAGCUCCUGCGAAGUUCCAGGAAAAGACCUUUGAGAAAUACCCCGGAUAAUCUCACCACUACUGCUCUGGAGCCAGUGUCUGCCAUAGCUAUUGAAGCUACACCCCAUGAGGCAACAGUGGUGGAACCUGAAUUUUUAAACUCAGAAAAUGUGAGUAAUGUCAGGGACCAAACAAGCCAAACCGUAGGUGAUUAUGAGGGUAACUCCCACAGGGAACCACCACAAGGGCCACCCAUUUUACGACAAUCCACACGGACGUGUAAACAACCAGAUCGGUAUGGUCAGUGGGUAUUCUCUCAACAGGUUGGGCAAACGAGAUCUGGUGAAAUUUUUGUAUGAAUUAUAAAAUGUUAACACCGAAUGUGAUAGUUUUUAUCCAGAUUUUACUCAGUUGUCAUUUUACAUAAUUAUGUUUGCAUGUUGCAAAUGGCUCUGCAUUUACAAUCUCCUGGAGUAGGUAGGGGGUCCCCCAACCACUUUGGCUGUGUCACAGUUAGGAGUUUGCUAUAUAUAUUUGCCAUGGUUUUAUCGCUCUACGAUACUAUUUUAUUAAUAGUGGUUAUCCCUGAUAAUGACCAUAUCUUUUGACUUUGAGCCUUUCCUGUGGUAAGCUUAGGGAUGGUGAGUAAAGCUGUAGAUGGAAUUGUUGAAUAAUUAUUCCCUUAUGGAUAAACUCAACCAGCUUGCAGAAUUGGAACUCCUCCAUAAAUCUCCUUGUCUUUUGUGAAAAAUGGCAAGUAAUUAUAUUUCAUAUAUAAAGAGUGCCUAGUAUAGGUACCAGUAGAGUAUAUGCACACCUAUAACUUCAUUGUUACUAGUGCAAUGUUGUAAUUGGAAUACACUUGUAUAAUCAUACGUAUAAGGUAUAGUAUGUUAUUGUGUAAAUCUUAUGGUGUAACCAGUUCAAUUAAUUUAAAAGACUGGGUACAUCUUGGGAAUGUCAGGUGUCAUUCAUCAAAGUGGGGAAGUAUGUAACAGGGUGUACUCAUUGCACUAAGUCACACAGUGUCCACGUGUUGUCUAUCCCGUACUCGUGUCAUAACCUGAACGUGGAGUGUUGUGAGAGAGUGAUCUGCACGAGUAUUUACAUACUCACGCCACCCCGUGUGUCCUAUAUGUACGCGCACGUCACCACCCUGAUUCACUUCACACUAUGCUGCCGAGCAGGACGGACAGUGUAUAUCCUUCCCAGGUCCCUGGUUUCUUUGGAGAGAAUAAAUACAAGAGACCUUGAAAAGUCGUCAAAGUUGUUCUUACCCAGCCUUUGGGGCUAAGAGGGUUACAGGUAUAUGUCCAGUCGACGACAGUCACGCGUGGUUAUCAAUAAAACAAUACAAGGGCCUGGUACUGGUUAACAAGGAGGGUGUGGUCACAGAGACAGUAAAACUGGUCUUCUGUCCAGACAUGAUCACCAUGGUCGGGACAACAGACAUACUUUUGACCAGUCUUCAAGUUAAUUCAUUUGUAUAUAAACUGUCACUACACAACAAACAAGUGACAACAUUUGCUGAGACCACAUAAGACAUGGGACGUCAGUAUCAACGAGAGUGGCGAGGUGAUUAUUACUACAGGUACACCAGACAUAGUGGUACUGAAUCAGUCAGGUACGAUUGUGAGGAAGGUCACGAUAGGAUCAGAAAGAAUAGUGUUCGUUGUCUGCUUGUCAUCGGGACGUCUGUGUGUAGUUCAAACAAUUGGAGGAAAGUCGGCUGAUAAGAAUAUAAAGAUAACAGACGAGUCAGGUACCGUCAUACAGACAUGGACUGGUGAACUCGACAACGGUCAAAAGGUCGGUAGUAUGGACCUCGGUAAGAUGUCGUGUGAUAAGUACGAUAGAAUCUUUGUACCAGAUUACAAGAACAGUCAGGUGUACGUCCUACCGAAAGACGGGAAACAAGCUGUGUGUCUCCUGAACCAUAAACAUAGUGUUGAAACCUACAGCGGUGGAUGUAGACACGUGUGGUAACGUGUGGAUCGGGUGUUAUAGCGGUACCGUACACGUGAUGGGACUGUAACAUGAGGAAAUUGUGAUAUACGGUACAUUUGUGCUCGUGGUACAAUACAUUGUAGAUCACCGAUGUAUGAAGUCUGAAGUAUCCUCAAAUAAACAGUGAGUGCAUUUUUAUGACCGUGGUAAUCAGACAAUCACAAGUAACUAGAAUGUUUAAUGACAACCGACAUCACAUGGUGAACGAAUAAUAAAUUAUAAGUGAGAUGUAUCCAAGAUUUUGUUGUGUAUAUGUGUGUUGUUGUUUGUUUAGGUUCUUUUCAUUUGGAUUAAUUUCAUUUCAUCUUAGGAGGGAGAGAUUGAGAG